AUGGAGGAGGGAUCCGCUGAGGAGUUUCUCUUCAAAGACCAGGACUUCUCCUCCGAACUGCUGAGGCAGCUGAACGCUCUGCGGCAGAGCGGGAUGCUGACUGAUGUUACUCUCUGCUCCAAGGGCUUUGAAAUCCCCUGCCACCGAAAUGUGCUGGCUUCUAGCAGUCCCUACUUCAAGGCGAUGUUCUGUAAUGACUUCAGAGAGAGUCACCAGGCUAAAGUCAUCCUGAAGGGCAUCGACACCGAGAUUUUGGAUCAGAUUAUCCUUUAUGUUUAUACAGGGGAGAUUCUUAUAUCCGCUGAGAAUGUCCUGCGCCUGUUGGAGACGGCCUCCAUGCUGCAGUACACGAGGCUGUUUGAGGCCUGCUCUGCCUACCUCCAGGACAAGCUGACUCCUGACAACUGCCUGAGCAUGAUCAGGCUGGCAAAGAUCUUGAACUGCCAAAGCCUGAAUAAAAAAGCCAAGGCUAUGGCUUUGAAAUGCUUUCCUGAGGUGGCCUCUUCUGAGGACCUGAAGGACCUUUGUCCCUUGGAGCUCAUUGAUUACCUUGGGGAUGAUGAGCUCUGUGGGGAAGAGGAGCAGGUCUUUGAGACACUGAUGGUCUGGAUCCGACAUGACCUCCAGGCAAGGCAAGGCUACAUCCAAGAGUUGUUCAAGAAGGUCCGGCUUCAGUACGUCCACCCAACUUUCCUUUUCCACUUCAUCGCCAACGACUCCCUCGUUCAGUCCUCACCCACUUGCAGGAGCAUCCUUGAAUCAGCCCGGAGACACAUGUUUUGCUUGUACAGCACCAAUGUGCCUGACAUCAAGCCCAUGUCGCAUGUUCCUCGCAGAUACUCCAACCAGGAGUUCCUCAUCAUCAUUGGUGGCAGGAAGGACAGCCAGCAGACCACGAGGGAUGUCUUGCUCUAUGAUGGCAAGACCAACCAAUGGCUAAGCCUGGCCAAACUUCCCAUGCGUCUGUACAAAGCCUCUGCAGUGAGCUUACACAGCAAUAUUUAUGUGCUCGGAGGGAUGUCUGUUGGCAAUAAGAAAAGCCCAAUCAGUGAUAAUAUUUACAUUUACUCCCUCAAACUCAAUCAGUGGAGGUUGGUUGAGCCCAUGUUAGUUCCACGUUAUUCCCACAGAAGCUUGGCAUACAAAAAUUAUAUAUUAUCUUUCGGUGGAAUUGGCAAAAACCAGGAAAUUCUGAAUUCUGUGGAAAGAUACGAUAGCAUCUACAACACCUGUGAGAGCAUGGCAAAUAUGCCUGUUGCUGUCCUUCACCCUGCUGUUGCUGCCAAAGAUCAGAGGAUCUACCUCUUCGGUGGAGAAGACAUUAUGCAAAACCCUGUCCGACUGAUUCAGGUUUACCAUGUCUCCAGGAAUACAUGGUUUCGAAUGGAGACCAGAGUAGUGAAGAAUGUCUGUGCACCAGCUGUCGUGAUUGGAGACCAGAUUAUCAUCGUAGGUG